AGUACGCGUGUGGACGUGAAAAAUUGUCUGACUGGACGGUUUUCUAACAUGUGGGCCAAGAAGCUUGUGCGUCGUUACACCGGCAAGGAAGAUUACGAAUUCGGAGACAUCACUACAGAGACUCUACGUCGCGUAGGUGGUGCGAUAGGGUGGUUAGUAGAGAAAGCGGAGAAAGCAGCAUGUUCAAACGAAAACAGUGUUACAACGCCUUCGUCUCUGGCGUCUGUGAACGCGAGCGAAGCGAGGAGACCCAAUUGCGAAACAAGUAGAGACUCUGAUACGGGACCGCAAUAUUGCCGUAAGCGCAGGCUAAUAGAUGAACAUCUACGUUCAGGUUCGACCGUGCCGAACGUUGAGCCGUCCGCUCCGGUACAAGAUGACGUCGAAGCGUUCGCAUCAGCUCCUACUCUAGCUGAUGUGUCGUUUCCUCCCGCUGCGAUGAGUUGUACGCAACCCGACGAUUUCGUCUCUAGACAUGUUCACAAGGCAACAGGAGCAGUGGAUGUGGAACUGAUUUGGGACUCCCUUCUCAAUCGGGCUUUUUUCAUUGGAAAGCAGUAUCUCUCUUCUGGUCACCUUACCAAAGACGACUUUCUCAGCUGUGAACCUUUUUUGUAUUUGGGCCUGCCUGCAGUGACACUUUUUGAGGCAGCUGCCAGAUCAGUUGGCUACAGAGGUAUUGUAAUAGCAACUGGUCUGGAAAUUGAUGAGUCCACAUGCCCUCAUGAACACAAGGCAGUUUACACAGCAAUUGCCACUAUCCGUGACUUUGUGCAAGCACUGAGUCUCAGGCAGUCCGAGUUUGGCAUAGUUCAACGGACUCUCCUUUUCAACUCAGACCCCACAAAGGAGAUUCAUGACAGAGACACUUUGGAUGAAGAACGAAAGAAAGAAAUCAACAGACUUGUGUCACAAGUAAAUAGUAUUGCAUCCGGUGUAACGCAAAUGGCUUUCUUCAAAGAACACUUCAAUGGGAUUAUACAACGUCUGGCAAGAUGCUGAAAGUUUGAACUAGAUUUAAGUAUCAUUUGUGUAGUUUAUCAAGAAUUACUAAGGAAAUUUUGGUUUUAUGAAAAUGGUAUUGUUGCAUUGA